AUGUCCUCUCGCAUUGAUAAGACGAUCGCCCGCCAGCGGGAAAAGAUCGCUUCCGGUGCCUACUACGAAGCUCACCAGCAACUACGUGUUAUUGCGGUCCGAUACAUCAAGCAAUCCAACUAUGAUGCCGCUGCAGAGAUCUUGGCCGGCGGUGCGAAGGAGCUAUUGAAAGCCGGUGCCCAGCAGGGUGCUUCGGCAAGUGGCGGUGACUUGGCGAUUAUGCUGGUGUUGGAGGUUUACAACAAGGCCGAGUGGGAGAUCGCAGGUGGCAGCAAUGAUACCGAGGGUCGUUUGCGCAAGAAGCGUCUGAUCGAGCUGUUGCGCGAAUUCCCUUCAGAGGAACCUACACGAAAGAGGUUUAUUCAGGAAAUGAUUGGAUGGAGUGGAAAGUUUGGACCAUUGGAACGGGGAGACCCAGAGCUGCACCACGCUGUUGGUUCAGUAUAUGCUGAAGAUAAUGAGCCCUACGAUGCCGAGAAACAUCUCAUCCUGGGUACCUCCGAAUCUGCAGAGACCCUCGCAAAGCUCGAGUACGAAUGGUACACCAGCGAUGAACCGCACACCGCUGCGAUCUAUGCUUCGCGGGCGGUUUUCCCAUAUAUCCUCACCGGCAAUAUCCGCAGCGCCAACAAAGCCCUCCUCAUCUUCACCUCGCGACUUUCCACAGCCAACCCUUCCCUCGGCGUGCAGGAUAUCAGCAGCGCGAAUUCCGAUGCCCGCGUCUACCCGGCCCUUCCAUUGCUGAACUUCAUCAGCUUGCUGAUGUUGACGAUCCAGCGCGGAAGUGCUGAUCUCUUCAAGCAACUCACUGCCCACUAUGCGGCACAGAUCAAGGAAAUUGGAAUCUGGGAUGAUGCUCUGACUCAGAUUGGUGAGCAGUACUUUGCCAUUAAAAUUCCCCGGCAAGGAAACCCCUUGAUGGAUAUGAUGAGCGGUAUGUUGUUCGGAGGUCAGGGCAAUGCCGGGAGACCGCAAGGCAGAACUGCGAAGAAGGUCGAGGCACCGCCUUCAAGCAUGGAGCUUGAUUAA